AUGACUUGCUUGUUAUGCUGGAGCGAAGGAAACAAUGAAAACUGUCAUCGUAUUCGUCACGUUGCUGGUCACUGCUGUAACCAGUUUUUCCAGAUACAGCCAAAGCGGCCGACGAAACCAUCUAUCUCAAGGCGGGGAUCGCUGUUCGAUUCGCGUAGCGGCAAGGUUGCGAACAAUCAGGUCAUUACCAUUGAAGACGAGAAAAUCGUCUCGAUCGGAGACUCCAGCACCAGAAUACCUAACGACGCAAAGGUCAUCGACCUUUCAUCAUCAUUCGUUAUGCCCGGUGUCAUGGACAUGCACACCCACGUCGUCGGAAAUCUGGACAACUACUUCUUUGCGCGCUAUUUCCAGUCACGCCACCGAGCGACGAUUGGUGGUGUGGUCAACGCGGAGAAAACUCUAUUGGCUGGAUUCACCACGAUUCGCAAUGUAGGUGCUGGCGACUACGCCGACGUGGCGUUGCGCAACGCCAUUAACGCAGGCGAAAUUCCUGGCCCGCGUAUGGCAGUGUCAGGGCCAAGCCUUGGUAUUACCGGAGGCCACUGCGAUGACAAUUCGCUCAACUCCUCUUUUAGCGAACGCAGCGAUGGCGUUGCCGAUGGUCCCUGGGCGGCGCGCGUCCAGGUCCGCAAGAACGUGAAGUACGGUGUUGAUCUGACCAAGUUUUGCGCCACGGGCGGCGUCUUUUCCAAAGGCACAAAAGUUGGCAUGACGCAGUACACGCUGGAAGAAAUGCAAGCCAUCGUAGAUGAGUCGCAUACUCACGAGCGACAUGUCGCCGCGCACGCACAUGGUAACGACGGUAUCAAACGGGCGAUUCUGGCUGGCGUCGACUCAAUCGAACACGCAAGCUUUCUGGACGAAGAAGCAGUCCGGAUGGGGAUUGAACGAGGGACAUUUUUUGCCCUGGACAUCUACAACACGGAAUACACUUUGGAACAAGGCGCUGCUAACGGCGUGCCGCAGGAAAAUAUCGACAAGGAAAGACAGGUUGGUACUCGACAGCGAGAGAGUUUCACUAUGGCGGUCAGGAUGGGAGCAAAAGUCGUUUUCGCUACGGACUCCGGGGUUUACCCGCACGGCGACAACGGCAAGCAGUUUGCCCGCGCCGUCCGCUUCGGGAUGACGCCCGCCCAGGCACUGCAGUCGGCGACGUCGGUUUCGGCGGAUCUGUUGGGUUGGGCCGAUCGCGUAGGUGAGAUUUCGCCGGGUAGAUAUGCCGAUAUCAUUGCCGUCGAUGGCAAUCCAUUAGAGGACAUUUCCGAAAUGGAAGAUGUAACUUUUGUGAUGAAAGGCGGCAUCGUUUACAAGGGCGAAUAG